AUGGCUAGAGACCCUAUUAAUGACAAUCGAAUGAGGUACUCCAUCAACAAGGACGACUUGGUGCUAAUGGUGUUGGCGGUAUUCAUCCCACCCGCUUCCGUUUGGAAGCGGAAGGGCCUAUUCAACAGGGACACCUUGCUGAACUUGCUGUUAUUCCUACUGUUGUUCUUCCCAGCAACUAUCCACGCUUGCUACGUGGUGUACGAAACCAGCGAUGAGCGCUCUGACGAGCGGUCACGUGCCCAAGAGUCGACUUCCGCCGUGGACCGCGACCUGGAAGCUCACCCCAAGGAGGAGCCAUCCCAUGUUGAGCCCCCAGCAUACGAUGAAGACGAUGAGGCUCGCGCCGACAUGCCCCUAAUGGACCACAAACAGCAGUCGUCACCCGUCCGUAUCUAG